UCCGGUUGUUAUGGUAGAUCAAUUCAGCAGACUGAUCGUGGGCCAAAUGAGAGCCAUGAAUGACGUCAGUCCAGCCAGCCAGGUUCAGUUCAAAACUUGGAAGCAGCUAAGAUUUUUGCUGCAGAUUCCUAUAAUUUCCAAAGGAGUCUUUGACUAGCAUUUUCGCAGUUGGUCCUUAAAAACAGCAGAGUGCUCCUGUAACACUGGGGUUCUUAUAUAACAUUUAUACGUUAAUUUGCAUUUGCCACAUCUUUAUUAUAAUCCCAAAUGGGGGCAGUUUAAGUUGGUAAUUAUUUUAUGUGCAAAAAGCUUGUUUUUUUACGCCAGCGGUGUAAUGGUACAAAAAAUAUUUUGCAGAGGGUACAGCAAAGUAUUUUAUCAUUUCAGCCUCUCAUCCACACGGAAACGGCGUUCUGGGUGCCCUGAAACUGUAUUUUUUGAAAACGUCUUCCAGAGGGGGAACAUCUGAAAACGCAGGCUUGACGUUUUCUUGUAGACAGGCGAACCGCUGUUCUUCAGAAACGAUGAAGUCACCGACCCGUCGUCAUCCCGUUAUCGUCACGUGACCAGAAGUGAGCUUUGACGACAAGCAAACAAAAUAUCUGCAUAUUUCCAAAUAACUCAACCCAGUUGAAAUUCUCCUGAUAUUUUGUUGUCUUUUUGUAAUUCCACUUUGUCAUAAGUCUAGAUGAGCCUUGGAAACCAGAAGACGACGGACUUAUGCGCAUGCGUUCUUUCUUCUAUAGUUUUGGCGUCACGUGUUUCCAUCGGCGUGUCUGUUUACAGUGUCACACGUACGUUUACAGCGUCACACGUACGUGUACCUUGUGUAUUACAUCGUUUUCACCCAGUGAUCCCUUCCCGUCUGGAUGCAACUAUUCACUAAUCCGGCACAGUGUGGACGCAAAUUUUUUUCAACCCACCAAAAAAAAAUCCCAGGAACGUUCCCCUGCGUGUAUACAGGGCCUUAGUUCCUGGUAACUAUAGUUCCUCGAACUAAAAGGUUUCUGCAGCAUUGCAUUUACAUUUAUACAGCUCAAAGUCGUCAUCCAAUCAGAUACCAUAUGUUCAGCACUGCAAACCCCGCCUAAAGGUGCCAGGAUAUUAAACAGUACGAUGUGCAAACGUGGUCUGAAUUUAGUUCCUCCAAAAUGUCCAGGAACUUCACUUCAGGCCCAGUUUCUGCAGUCCAAAAGCGCUUAGUUCCGGGAUAAAGUUUCUGGUUCCGUAAAAGGGGAUAUAGAGGAUCUUUGACGAGUGUUUUUGCAGUAGGUUCAUAAAAACAGCAGAGCAGGAAAUGAAAACAAGAGUUAUAUCAAACAAAACUGCCCUCAUCAAGGUAACAAUGCUCAGUUUUAACAUUGCUUGUUAUAGAAUGCAUAGUAUACAUGCACGAGAGCUGUUUCUAGUAUCCUAUUUAGCUACAUCAGAGUGCCAAAAAUAUAAGAAACAGCCCUCCAACAAGCUACAACCACAAUAAUAAGCAUUACAAAGAAGUAAUUUCUCGAUGCAGCUUUCUUGUUAUAAUGUGCAGGGUUGCUAAGUAUAUACCUGUACAAUAAAACAUGAGCACUAAGAGAUGUCUACGUGACCUCUUACCUGUGAUUGCCACUUGGUGGUGAAGUUGAAAGUCAAGGUUAAAGCCCGUGACCCUGGAGGGUUAAAAACAUCUAAAUGGGGACACGGUCGGUGGUCCCCCCCGCUGCAACUGCUGCUGGUGUGAAGUUUCCACAGUGAGGAGUGACAGGGAGAGUCGCUGAUGGAUGGUGUGUGAUGGAUUUGAUUUAGAGCACCCUGGUACACACACACACCUUAGAGGCCUGGCAAAAUCCUGCUGGAAUGUGUGUCCUGUAACAACAUCAACUAUCACAAGGCACACAUCACAUGAUAUUGGCUGCAACAGCUGCCUCUUGUCAUGGUGACUGUGCAGCAGCUGAGGCCAAAAGGGAGGAUGGAGGAGAAGGAGGGCGACAUCCAGCUUAGCAAGCUCUCUUUUGGCUGGAAGAAGAGGGAGGGGGGUUUGAAUGGAACAUCAGGAUCCCGUUUGGAAAAAGGCUUGCUGGGGGUGGAGGGUGCACAGGAAGUGUGAAGCUGUGUGUUGUGUUCAAUGACCACUGUGUUUAACGCUUCACUUUUGAUGGCUUUUACAGUGCCAACUGUCCCCCCAAACCCCCAGUGCAUCAUCAGGUUAAAGGUCAUGGUUAAGGCAUGCAGUUGUCCUCAUCAGUUCCUAUCUGAUUCAUGACCCGUGAACCCUCUGGGCACAGACUGAUGGAUGGCUUUUUCAGACUGUGGGUGCAGAAGCAGAAGCCUUAGCAGUGGACCCAAGUCUGCCACUACUUCCACGUAUCCGAGAUGUGGCUGCUCGUCGUCUUGUCCGUGGCUGUGGCCUGUUACUACCUGUACACCCCGCUGCCUGCUGGCAUCCGGCAGCCCUGGAAGCUAAUGCUGCUGGAUGCUGUCUGCAGAGUCGUCUUCCACCUGGCCUUGCUGAUGGAGCGGCUGGGCUUGGACCACCACGUCACGUUGAUCCGACAGAUCUCCAAGGGCUUCGAGGACACCAUGAAGGACUCAAUCAAGCAGGGCUCGGGGGUCUUGCGGGUCAGCGACGUCACCUUUGACGGCAUCCCCGUGCGCGUUUACGAGCCCGGCGCAUGCGACGGGGAGGGCCGUUCGAGGAGAGGCCUGCUGUACUUCCACGGGGGAGGCUGGGCCUUCGGCAGUGCCAAGGUGGGCUCAUACGAUGAAAACAGCCGACUGAUGUCCAACGAGCUGCACAUGGUUCUGGUCUCUGUGGAGUAUCGUCUGUAUCCAGAGGCCCACUUUCCCACACAGUAUUUGGACUGCCUCGCGGCCGCCAAACACUUCCUGUCCCCGGAGGUGCUCGCCAAGUACGGUGUCGACCCGUGCAGAGUGGGUGUGUCUGGUGACAGCGCGGGGGGCAACCUGGCGGCAGCAGUUGCCCAGGAGGUUGCCAUGGAUGACAGCAUGAGGGUCAAAUUCAGCGUGCAGGCUUUGAUCUACCCGGUCGUCCAAGCUCUGGACUUCAACACGCCGUCCUAUUUGCAGAACCAAGCCAUGCCCAUCCUCAGACGCCCACUGAUGGUGGAUUUCUGGCUGCAGUACCUCGGUGCCGACCCUUCGCUCAAGUCCCACUUUCUGUCCAACGGCCACCAGUCGACCAUGCCACAAGACCUGAUGGCGCACGUCGACUGGACCGCCCUUCUGGCGCCCAAAUACAAGGACGGUUACAAACCGGUUUCAGUGCACGGCGAAGGAUCACACGCCGCCGCCAGGGAGGAGGUGCGGGGCCUGCGGGAUGUGCGUGCGGCGCCUCUGCUGGCGAGGACGGAGGUGCUGGCCAGGUGCCCUCGGUCGUACGUCAUGACGUGCGAGUAUGACGUGCUGAGAGAUGACGGGCUCAUGUAUGCCCGCCGCUUGCAGGACGCGGGCGUGGCGGUCACCAGUGACCACUACAAGGACGGCUUCCACGGAUGCUUAAGCCUCACUCUGCGGCCCUUCCAGUUUGACGUCGGGGUGAGGGCGCUCAGGCGGUACAUCCACUGGCUCAACGACAACUUGUAGGAAUUUGAUUUGUGAGUCCUAUUCUGUUGUCAUUGUUUUAAUAAGCACGUAAUGGAAAGUGUUCCAAUGCACACCUCCAUGCUGUUAAACACAGAAUCUCCGAUAGUCAGCAGAUGUCUGGUCUAAACAAGCAAAUAGCCACGGGGUCUCUAAUUAGCCUCUGCCCUGCCUCCUUCCUGUCGUGUCCAGCCAAUCAGCUCCUUGCCUGCCCUUGCGCGCCAUCUCCUAACUUUUUUUCCUCUUUAACAAAAAAUGAAUGUUUUUAAUUAAAGAAAUGCAAACUUUAAAUUUAAAAAAAAUCAAAAUAAUUCAGCAAAAAUUUAAGUUGUGUUUUUAAUUUAAAAAAAAAAAAGCAUGGAGACAAAAAAUAGAAAUAGAAUCUCACAAACACAACAAGAAAAUCUUCCCUGAUUUGUUUGAACUCCAUGUAGGUGUUGGCCACCUGUCCUAAUACUUUUGUCCGUGUAGUGUAUGUCUUCCAUUGGGCCGAAACACAUAGCAGAUGGUAAGAAUGAGGGGUUAGCAGCUACAUGUGGCGUGUCCAGGCCCCCUCGCAAGCACUUUCCAUCAUGGGACAGACAGCAUUAGGUGCUGUGAGGAUCUUGGCUGAACAUCCUUUGGCUCGCAAUGAAACAUCUCAGCAUCUCAGCAUGACCUCACAAGUUCUGGGAGGUUCUGUGACUUUUCCCUCCAAGAAUGCAAUUAAAGGCAUGGAUGGGGGGAAAAGGGAGCGUCAUGCCGGCCAUCCCGAUCCACUUUGUGGAUGUUAUCCAGAUGGAAGGGGGCGUGGUUUUAUUUAUGUUUAAUUCAUUUUUGGUGAAUGAUUUCACAUUUGAGGUUUAUAUGUAGGUAUACUUUAUUUAGACCAUACUGUUACUUGUACAGUAACAGAGCAGGGGUGUCCAAACUUUCUCCAGCGAGGGCCACAUUGUGAAAAAUGAAAGGAUGCAACUUUUUUGUAAAGCAGCACAUGUGGAUAUGCUAACACGUUGGAUACACUUCAAGACAAAACUGCAUCUCAGCUUUGGCAUAUAGGUGAAAAACAGUAUCAAGGGUUAGGGUUAGGGUUAGAGGGGUAGUGCUGCAGGGUUACGGGGUUAGGAUUAGAAGGUUUUGGUUUGUUUCUCAUAAUAUUAUGACUUUUAAAAAAUAAUACAUUUUCCUUUAAUAUUUCAAUUCUACGCAACUAAAAAUGACCUUAUUUUUUCCUCAUAAUAUUUUCACUUUAUUCUUUUUUUUCUUGUUCGAAUACGACGUGUUUCUAUUCAUAUUUUGACUUCAUUCUCCUAAAAGGACAACUUUUUUCCAUUUGCGCAGUUGCUUUUUUUAAAUUUUCCAACUAUUCAACAUUCUUCUUGUAGAUGUUCUUCUCAUAAUUAUGACUUCAUUCCCAUAAUGUUUUGACUGUAUUCUCGUAACAUGAUAACAUUUUCCGCAACCUAAUUUUCCAUAAAUUACAACUUUAUUCAUUGUUUGUUUUGUCAUAAUAUUACUUUAAAAAAAGUAAAAAAAAUUUUAUAUUUCAACUUUAUGCUGCUAAAAUGACAUGAUUUUUCCUCACAAUAUUACGUAAAAAUAAUCUUGUUGAAAUUAGGGCUUUUUCUUGUUAGAUUACAAAUUUCUUCUCUUAAUAUUUUGACUUUAUUCUUGUGAAAUUACUGCUGAUUUUUCUAUUUUUGCUGCAUGUGUUUUUUUCUUUAGUUUUGUCUUGUUAAAUUACACUUUUAGAAUGUGCAGCGUGCUGCAAAUGGCCCCCGGACCGCACUUUGGGCACCCCGGGUUUAGCUCAUACAAUGUCUUAUAGCUCCAUCUGCUGGUUCUGCUUGGGUACUGCAACCCUUUUGCCUCAGUGCAAGUGGACUGUAACAGGAAAAAAAAUGAAACAAAGUUCGCAUAUCCGCACCUUCAAUCAGAACCUCACCAAGAUUUAAAUGUUUUUUUUCUCUGCACUUGCACCACCCCUCCAAAAAGUGUCCCAAACAUCUGUUGUGUAGUUUCUCACGUCGUCCUGCUGACGAACAAACAAACGGCGAUGAAGACAACAUCGCUCUUGCUUGGAUGUGGUCAUGAAGAUCAGUUUUGAAAUGCUCAACAGUGGCGGAGCCGCUGUGCUCACGCAAUAUAUCAUCCCAUGUCAAAUAAGACAAGUUUGUGUGAGUUCAAAGGUCACAGCUAAAAAGAUGUUGAUGUCCGCACACGCCCAGACUCGCCCCCACGUUGGAGACGGGCGCCUCUCUCAGGGUGUCGACUUCCCUCCCAGAGGGGAAAUAGUCCCCACGUAUCAGCUCCUCCUCCUCAUCCCGAAAGGCCUCGGAAGUGACUCGCUUUUCUCCCGAGCGCUUUUGUGCAGUCAGUUAAAACACGUUGAAGGAACGACAACGCCGUCGUCAUUCAGGGUUACUGGAACAAUAGGAGGGUCAUGUGGUGUAAAACGCAUCCUGGAUCACUGACACAAUCGCAGGAAACACUUUUUCAUCCUGGCUGCAAAUGGGAACGGUGCCUUCAGGUGCUUGACUGAAGCUGGUACAUCAGACGUUGGGUUUCCAGUACGUAGGUGGUGUACGGCAACUUUGGUCAAAACAGAAAUAAAUCCGACUUUCCCACAAGCGCUCAAGUAUGAAAAUCUAUGAAUGCUGAAAAGCCGCCCAAAAUAUGACUUAUCAACGCUUAUUAUUUGCUCACUUUCAUAAAGUGAAAAUAAGAAAAUAAAAUAAGACGUUAGAAGAAGCAUUCAUUGGCCUGCAGCACAUAUAUAAUAAAAUAUAAUUUCACAAAAAAAAGUAAUAGCAAAAAUUUUACAAGAAUAAAGUCAGAAUAUUAAGACAAAAAAGUUAUGAGAAAAAUGUUAGGAGAAUAACGUCGUAAUAUAAUGAGGAAAAAUAUGUCAUUUUAGUAGCAUAAAGUUGACCCACGAAAGAAAGAAGUUAUUUUUUUAAGUCGUAAUAUUCUGAGAGACAAACGGAGCAAAGAUGACCGUUUAGGCGAUUAAAACUAGGCUGCAGAAAGAGGUGGAAUGUUAUCAAUAAAGUGUAAAUAUGACGGGAAUAAAGUCAUGAGUACGAGAAGAAAGUUGAAAUAUAAAAAAACCCAGCAGAAAUGGGGGGGAAAAAAACAGGUGUCAUUUUCCAAGAAUAAAGUCAAAACGUUAAGAAAAACAGGAACAAAGUCACAGUUUUAUGUGAUGAGGAAAAAUAAUGUCAUUUUAGUAGCGCAUAGUUGAAAUAUUAAAGUAAAAAUAUGUUUUUUUUUUAAGUCGCGGAUAUUAUGACAAACAAACAAAACACACAGUGAAGUUGUCAUUUUUGGACAAUUAGGUUGGGGGGGCAUAAUAUUACGGGAAUAAGGUCGUCGUGUUACAAGAACAAGAUUAUUUAAGAAGAAAGUUGAAAAAUUUUGGAAAAUUUAAAUAAAAAGGCAAAAAUGGACAAGCAAAGCCCUGCUGCACGUUCCUAUUAAUAACAGGCUUAUUCACCUGCUGUAUGGACAUCACAACAUAUCAGCGUGUCAGAGUUGCAUCCUUUCAUUCGUUUGGACACCCCAGGAUUAGACUGUGCAGGUGUACCUAAUGUAAUGGCCGCUGAUUUUACACUGAUCAUUUGUGUCACCUUCUCACGUUCCUGCAAGUCACGGGGGUGUGAAAACUUGCAUUUCCCCCAUUUGUGAGUACAGUGAGGUGGUGUUCAAGUAAAAAUAACGCAGGCAGUCAAGCCCCUGCACGGUGACAUGUUGCUGCUCCUCCUCCAUGCGAACUGCUUCUCUCUCUCUCUCGCUCUUCUGCGUCUGUGUCUUUGUGCCUGAUCAGACUCGUCCUGACUGCCGUGGAAACUUCUCCCCUGUUGGGCUUUUUUUUUUGG